UUCGAUGUCCCAUGAGACCGCUGUUCAGUUUUCGGGCUGUAAAUUUUAUUAUUAUUAUCAAGCCAAGACUUUCCAUACCCACAGGGUUGUUCCACACCGAGUACACAUCCUACCUACCCCUCUCGUACAUCUACUACUUGUCCGGGUUGCGAGGCGUGCGUAUGCCUAAAACGCGCAGCGUCGCGCUCGCGUUAUUGCACGCCCACGUUGUCGCACCAGCAGUCGCUGUCGUCGUCUGUGCUGGCUUCCAGGGGUUGGAUCAUCGGAUUGUAAGAGGAGCUCUGAUGUCUAGUACAGGCGGUCCGUGCGGCUGGGUCUCUUUGUCUGUGUGCCGGUCUGCUCAUGCGCCGGCACUCAUUGCCGCCAGCUACGGCGCCGCGCUGCUCGCCGCGCCCCUCGCCAUGAUCAUACUUUGUGGCCGCGCCACGGUACCACCAUUGGGAGGAAUCCUAUCUACGCUAUUGACAACACUUACACCGUUCAUGCUAGGCACUUUAAUGCGGACCACAGAGAUCGCUAUUAACUCUGAAACAACGACAAAGUCGCCAAUAGCAAGAUCGAGCGAUUGCACAACAAAGUCAACAAAACUGUGGAGGGAGUUAACAACAAAGUAUCGGGUGUCGACGAUAAAGUGGCGGGAGGUAACAACAAAGUGUUGUAUGUUGUUGUUGUUGUACUGCGAGUGUUGUGCGCGGCUGCGCGACGCCGCGGGUGUGCUUUAUGUCGGUGAUGUGUUGGCCACGCUUGCGCUUGUUGUGUGCAUGGUGUCCGCGAACGCGCUGUCCUGCUUGGCGGCGGCUCGAGGUGCAGGCGGUGCCGGAAUGCGCUGGGCCGCCCUUGCGGCUUGCUCCAUCCCAAAGUGCUUUGACGCUGGUUGGGAGUCAUCAACCACGUGCACCCCGUCAGGUCUGUCCCGCCUCCCCGCGGUUUUCCUCCCUCCCGCGCAGGCCUUACUCCUUGCAGCAAUUUACACUCAAGAUGUUUGUGAUGAAGAUCGUGAAGAUGAUGAUACGAUGAUGACAGUACAGAGCUUGCCGCAGUGAUGAACACGCCAAUGUUGUGGAGGAAUGUAUACGGUUGAUUUAUUUUGUGUGUAAUUGGUUGAUCGCAAUAGACCAAUAACACAAGAGGAAUGCUAAUCUCCGUACUACAGAUUGUCACUCUGAAAAAGGUCAAAAUCCCGUCUUAUAUCCAGAUGGCGCUUAUCAAUAACCUGGAAGUAGUUUAUAUUACGUAAAUGGCCGUGGAUAUAAAUUAAUUCCUUUUUAAUAUGAAAUAUAAGUGGUCAGUUUUUUCCUUGUAAUAUUGUUCAAAUUUAAUAAGCUAAAAUUAUUUUCUGAAAUUUGACAAAUAUGCAUGUCAAUAGGUGGCAUUGUUUAUUGUAAACUAAUUUAUAAAUUAACGCUUUCUACGCCUAUAUGGGUAGAUGGCUCUAAUGCUAAAGAAAAUAACGGAUUUUUUUAUAAUAUCAAGUGACGGGACGAACUAGUCGUGCGCCUGAUGGUAAGCUACACGCCUAUCCAUAACAGUUGCAGUGUCACUCGGAACUUUAAAUCGCAAAGAUAAGUUGACAAGUCUCAUGUGCCUGUAAUUUAACAGUGGCAGUAAAUAAAAAUGGAAGUAAAGCGAGCAGUCCGUUAGUCAGCAGCCCCUGAGGAUGCCUCGUGAAGAGACGAAACACGUGUCGGGUAUAUUUUUGGUGGUGGCUUGUGACUGUAGUUGCGCUUGUGUUAUUAAUUUUAUGCGGAGGGCGGGAUAAUAAACUGCAUGGACAAAUAUUCAACACAAGCGCAGUUAUUUUGCACGAUUUAACCUUCACUGGGUUCGCGAAGUAGCAAAUUAAUUUACUUCCAUUUUUAUUAACAUGGACUUCCGCAAAGUAACGCCUGAAUCUAUUAAUAAUCCUUAAGGUGGCAGUACUUCCCUGAACGAAGGAGCUCUAAUGCUGCUAUAAUAGCCGGCAAUAUUCAUAAAAGCUGCAAUAAGCGCCAUCUAGUCGAUUUAUUUAUUAAAAAGAAAUUAUUGUAAUAUUAUUAGAAAUUAG